GAAGAAGCGACCGUUGUUUCCUUCAGAGCUGUAGAUGGUGCCUGAAAAAAUGGCUAAGAUUGAGUAUUUAAAUAAGUUUUUUACCGAACGUCUGCUAGCUCUUGCAGGAGAAUUGUUCCAAGCAGUUACAGACGUUAUUACCGAGUACCAGGAGGAAACAGACCGGACAAAACAGGAAAACAUUUACCUGAAGGAAAUGCUAACGGCUGAGCGAUUGGCUAACGGACGAGAUGGUUCAAGUUAUCAAGCAGUUACUGAGGAGUUACCAAACAUCUCCCAGGAUACAAAUUCGUCAGUAAUACAAGUAAAAGUGGAACUGUCUACAACAAAGCAGGACAACAUGUCACCGGAAUCGAUAAAUGAUCCCUCCACAGCGACAACACCACACUAUUUCUCAGGAAACACUAUUUCUUUUCCUACUGACGAGGAAAUAAAGUUUACAAUAAAAUCUGAACCAAGGGACUCGGAGAUCAUCAUAUCUGAUGACUCAAACCCUGCCAUGCAAAGUGAAAGUAUAAUUGACUGUAAUUUUGAAGGUUUAAGUUCUGAUCCCUCUUCACAUGAGACACAGCAAAGUGAGACAGCUGAAAAAAAUGUUUGCCCGUGUUGUGGAAAAACUUUCCUAACCCCCGGACAGCUAAAAAGGCAUAUGGCUGUGCAUCAGAAAAACAGGCCAAGGCCGUAUCGCUGUGAUUUGUGUGGAAAGUCCUACGCAUACGCGCAAGUGCUGGAAAUUCACCGUAGGACUCAUACAGGGGAAAGGCCAUAUCACUGUAAAUUUUGCGAAAGGCGUUUUAAUCAGAAAGGUCACUUAAUAGAGCAUGAAAGAAUUCACACGGGUGAAAAGCCUUUUAUCUGUCCUAUUUGUGGAAAACGAUUCAUUCAGUCAAGCCAAGUCAGGAAACAUGUCAGUUUCCAUCAUCCUGAAGUGCAACGGUCAUAAAAGCGACAAGAGAGCACAUGAAGUAUUUUUAUUAGGCCUCAAAUAUGCUGUUAGAAACCUUGCGGUCUUGGCUUCUCACAAACCUAGUUGACUUUGCUUCAUUGCAAGUAUACCAGAGCAUUUACACCUUCCCUGAGUGACAGCUUAUUUAGUUAAUAAUACAUCUACAUUGUGGAACAGCAAAUCAAGUCAUUACCUCUCUCUGUGACACCUUUUACAUACAUAUAUACAACUGUAAAAUGAUCCCUCACAUAUCCCAUCUUUCAUGUAUUUAGUAGUUUCUUCUUGAAAUUAGUAGAAUUCUGUUCAAAAUACAAGAAAUUGUCAUUGUUAUUAACCUGUCUAAAUUGCUUUGAACAAGAUUACCUCUAUCAUUUCUAUUGUGCCUUUGCUCUUUUCAUAUGAAAAUAAAUUGGAGGCUUUUGUUUGUUGUGACAUUUUAUCUUAGUUCAAUUAAGAUGAUCCCAAAUGUCUAGUUAAUAUACUGGGUAAAUCCCUGGGUAAAGCCCUGUCUGUAUGUAAAAAAAAAAAGAAGACGUUUUCUCAAAUAUCAUCAUUAUACAUGUAGGACAUUGGAUGGUAAUAUAAGAGGGAAAAUAUAUUCAGAAUAUUCAGGCUGUUCUUAAAUGCAUGGUAGAUUUUCUAGAUAAAGAAGAGAACAAAGUUUGUCAGUUAAUAAAUAAUAAUAAACAAAGCGAAAACAAAAAUUUAUCAAGACUGUUAAAAGCAAUAAUGUAACCGGUUCUAACUUGUUUCCACAACAUGAAAUAUAGCUGUAAACAAUGAAAAAGCAUAAUGUUAUUCAUUAAUGAAUUGAAUAUUCAAAUUGUUUUUGCAGAAAAUGCAACUGUACAGAAAAUUCGUAAUAAACAUUUUUGACAGUAAGCUUUCAAAAUGAGAAGAAUGGUGAGCAAAAACUGACUGAACUGUAUUAGUUAGCAUUAGCUGUGAGAAGCAAUCUGAGGGUAAUGUUUAGUCAGUCAGUGCAUGGUCCAUUUAGUCAACACGUGUGAUGUGAUACCGCAGUACCUGAUUUUUAAACCUUUCUCAUUAUUAGGAGCUAAUGAAGAAAGUGUUCAUUAAUGUAUAUGCAUGUAUCUAAAAUUGAAAAUGAUAUAGAAUCUUAGCCUACAUUUUGUCCAAAGUGUAAAACAUCGAACAGCUACAUGUCAACUAGCUACCUGUUCCACACUUUUCUUUUUUGCCUUAAUUGUGUGUGUGUAUAUAUAUAUAUACACAUAUAUAUAUAAAAGAACAAAAAAAACUAAGGUUUACUAGAGCUUUUAUGAUUUAUGAGUGGUGGUAAAUAAUAAUAAUUAUUUAUUUAUUUAUCAGAACCUUUUUUGAGUAUUUCUUUUUCAUUUAAUAUUUUCUUAUUGUCUUCCUGUGCAA